AUGCCACUCCCCACUAUAUACCAUGACGUAUCCCGUUCGAAGAACUUCUCUGAAGAUGGGAUGGGAAGCUUGUUCACCCCUCACCUCAGUCACUUCAGCUACAUUCAAGGGGCUCAAGCUCCGGAGAUCGCAGCGGAACCUGAUCUUGGUAAUUAUCCUCCUCCUCGUCCUGCACGCUCGCCAAAACGUGAGAGGCAUGCCACGGCUCGAACUUGCACCCUUGAUGGACCAUGGCCUCAUCCGCCUUACUGCUACGAUCCCUUUGUCGAUUACGAGGACUCAAGCUCUUCUCAAGUCAAAGAGAUUGACUGCAGCCGAGAGGACAGCAUCGAUAUAGAUCCUCACUUGUGCAGCAUAGCGGAUCUCAGGCAAAUGCUGGAACAAACAGAGGGGCAAUCCCAGUCCGCGCGGACCGGCAGGUCGUUCUUCGAAGGGACCAUGCCCGAGAAAGGCUUUGCUCGCGAUCCAGACUCAAAACACGAUCAUUCGGACGAGCAAUUGGACAAGCUUAAUGCGUCCUUGUUACCGGCUUCGACAAGAGCGUUAGCCUUGGUCGACAGUCCUGCGUCACACAGGCUGUCCAAGGGGUCGAACUUCAAGGCUGGAAGGGGCAUCAUAGAUGUCGCCAUCAAUGUGUUCAGCCGUAAUGCAAGGCCAGUGCAGUCUGUCGAAAGCUGUGAUCCUUUGGUGACCAUCCGUCAGAGAUCACAUCCUGCAACACUCGACGACGAGGACGCAUUGGACGAGGCGUUCGUACCUGCGUCGGAUUCUGGAGGCCCGCCGCGCCUGACAGUCUCACCAAAGGGAUCGAAAAGCAACAGUACGGCAACUGAGGUCCGCCUUGGGCCGCCAAAGCAUAGCCGCGGUCUUCGAAAGCAAAUCUACCCGCCUCGCGUUCGCUACUCGAUGCUCACAGUUUCAAGCUUCGGGUGCGGCAGGUCAGAGUCGCCAUGUGUGGUCUCGACAUCUGGUCCUCUUUUGCGGUGUGCAAUGGACGAAAAGUAUCCUUUCGACUCGCCCAGAUCCGCAUCUGACUUCCGGCGUCCUUCGCUCUGA